UACCAAACCUAAGCUAAUAAAUAUCCCAACUUUGUUGGGAAGGAGAGAGAAAAAAUUAGAGGAUCCGGACUUUCAAACUAAGGGAGAACUCGGGCUUUCAUCCUCUUGCUCUCAACUCUGUUUCUGCAAUUCCAAAUCUCUCUGUUUUCUCCUCCUCCCUAAACCCUAAUUAAUCGAAAGGAGGAGAGAGAAAAUUAAAUUAAAUUAAAUCAAAUCAAAUCAUCUUUAUGAAGAUCGUACGUAGAGAUUUCGUUCGCGGCGGCCCUGGCAGUGUCAAGAUGAUACCAGAAGAAGCUGAUGAUAUGUGGAUUGUUUACAAUUUGAUUGCUGAAGGUGAUUCUGUUUUAGCCGUCACUGUUAGGAAAGUUUUGAGAGAGGCUGCUUCUGGAGGGAGGGACGCAGAGCGUGUGAAACUUAGGCUAGAAAUUGUAGUGGAGGCUGUGGAAUAUGAAAAAGAAGGUUCUGUCUUACGUAUACGUGGAAAAAACACUCUGGAAAAUGAUCAUGUGAAGAUAGGUGCUUUUCAUACCCUGGAACUUGAGUUGCAUCGACCUUUCGUGCUGAGGAAGGAUAUCUGGGACUCAUUGGCAUUGGAUAUGCUUCAUCAAGCAGCAGAUCCUUCUGCAAGUGCUGAUUUGGCUGUGAUAAUAAUGCAAGAGGGACUGGCACAUUUACUUUUGAUUGGUAAAAGUGUAACCCUUACUCGAUCUCGAAUAGAAGUCUCCAUUCCUCGAAAACAUGGACCUGCUAUUGCUGGAUAUGAAUCUGCCUUAAAUAAAUUCUUUGAGAAUGUACUACAGGCUUUCCUCAAAUAUGUUGAUUUUAAGGUUGUCCGAUGUGCUGUCAUUGCAAGUCCUGGAUUCACUAAGGACCAAUUUUAUCGUCAUCUGUUGCUAGAAGCUGAAAGGAAACAGCUGAGAUCAAUUAUAGAGAACAAGUCACGCAUAGUUCUUGUGCAUACAACUUCGGGAUACAAGCAUAGCUUGAGGGAGGUUCUUGAUGCGCCAAACGUGAUGAAUAUGAUAAAAGAUACAAAAGCAGCCCAAGAGGUCCGUGCUCUUGAGGACUUUUUCAGUAUGCUAUCAAAUGAUCCAGAUCGUGCAUGCUAUGGUCCUAAGCAUGUAGAAGUUGCCCAUGAGCGAAUGGCUAUACAAACACUUCUUAUCACAGACGAACAGUUCAGGAAUGCUGACAUUGCAACACGGAAAAAAUAUGUCAACCUGGUCAAUUCAGUCAAAGAUUCUGGAGGAAGUGUUCAUAUAUUCUCAUCCAUGCAUGUCUCAGGGGAGCAAUUGGCACAGCUGACUGGCAUUGCAGCAAUUCUUCGCUUCCCUCUCCCUGAUCUUGAUGAUAUUGAAAUGUGAUCGACGUAGAUCUAUGGGAUGACCAAUUUUGUACACCACUAAUUAUUACUGAAACAUACUGAAAAUUGUAUAUCACAAACUCUGUUAGCGACUCCUUUUCCUUCGAAGACUUAAAGUCUUGGGAGUUGUAUGUUAUAGUUAAGUUAUAGUCUAAGUUGCAAAAUAUGAUUCAUUUCUUCGUAGUGUGUGUUGUAAUGUCAGGUAAUAAUUCUACAAUUCAGAUUCUUUCUUGUAGCAUCCCAUGUAACACUACAUUCUUUGAUUGAAUAAAGCUAGCUUUAUGCUUCAUUUAUAA